AUGGAGUACAAGCCUCCCUCUGAAGCAUCUGAAAAGCCAGGCCGUAUCACGCCUCGCAUAAUCAUCCAUGGCGGAGCUGGAAACAUCACUCGCCAGAACAUGCCUCGAUCCUCAUACAAAGCUUACCGCUACGCCCUUCUCGAUAUCGUGGAAAGCGCCCAUCUUGAGCUUCUCAAGCCCGGGACCACAGCGCUAGAUAUAGCGGUUGGAGCAGUCGUCCUCUUAGAACAGAAUCCCCUCUUCAAUGCCGGAAAAGGCGCAGUGUACACUACAGCUGGCACGCACGAGUUGGAAGCGUCAGUCAUGGUGACUCGUGGCUACGUGAAAAGAGGCGUAGGCGUAAUGAAAGUGAAGAAGGCGAAAAGCCCGAUUAAACUGGCGAGGGAGAUGUUAAUCAGAGGCAAUGAAAUUGAUGGAGGAGGAGGAGCGCAGGGACAUUGUCAACUCGAGGGAGAUUUAUGUGACGAGCUGAAUGAUCGAUGGGGCCUGGAAAGUGUGAGACCUAGCUAUUUCUGGACGAGAAGAAGAUGGGAUGAGCAUAGAAGAGGACUCGGACUGAGCCAUGACGAUGAGACCUAUGAGAGGAUGAAGAGGGACGCGGAUGCACUCUGCUCAGAGACUUCGUUGGACCAUGCUCGAGCAGAUGAGACGAUUAAGGAUUCCGACCCAAUGAUGUUCGGCGACACCCAAUGGGAUGGAAAAGAGUAUUUGCCUCAAGGGACGGUUGGAGCUGUGGUGUUGGACAGCACUGGCACUCUUUGUGCAGCAACGAGCACUGGUGGUCUUACGAAUAAGCUACCUGGUCGCAUUGGCGACACUCCAACCUUGGGCGCAGGCUUUUGGGCCGAGCAGUGGUACUCUGCUCCGACCUUGAUGCCUACUGCAGUGUCGCCGUUGUCUCAACUCCUAUCAUUGUUGGGUGACUGCAUUCCUAAUCUGCAGGGCUACAACACCGUUCAUAGGAAUGACUUCAACGACGAUGCUUCUGCUCUUCGUGCUGUGGCCAUGUCAGGCACGGGAAAUGGCGAUUCUUUUUUACGUGUAAAUGCUGUCCGGACCUGUGCAGCGAUUGCGCGUUACGCCGAUCGAAGCACCGUUCCACUACAGUCUGCUGUCACUGCUGUAGCAGGACCAAACGGUCAGCUCCAGCAAUCAGCUGCAGACCGGUGGCAGAAGACGGGCGAGGGUGAGGGAGGGAUUAUUGGUAUCGAGCUCAGUCAUGGUGAAGGACAUGUCGUUUUCGACUACAACUGUGGCGGUAUGUUCCACGCCUGGAUUGACACAGCCGGCCACCCACGCUUUAAGCUCUUCCAGAACGAUAAAGGAUUUAAAUACGAGUAG